AUGUAUGAUGCAUUUAUGUCCGAGUACAAGUUGCUCGGACAUAUGACUCAAUUCAAGCCAUCAGACACUGACCCAACAGGUUACUACAUUCCACAUCAUGGUGUACUACGGGAACAGAGUACCACCACAAAACUGCGCGUUGUUUUCAAUGCAAGUUGUCCCACAUCGUCUGGAAUUUCAUCCAAUGACAUACAAAUGGUCGGUCCGACAAUUCAGGAUGACCUUCUGGCCAUUCUUUUGCGGUUUAGGCAGUAUAAGUAUGUCUUAUCGGGAGAUGUUCAGAUGAUGUACAGGUGCGUGGAUGUUCAUCCAUCUGAUAGACACUUACAGCAGAUUUUGUGGCGAGAUAAUUCAUCACAAGUACAAGUUUAUAAAUUAAAUACGGUGACUUAUGGCACUGCUAGUGCUCCGUUUUUAGCCACCCGCUGCCUUUAUCAAUUAGGUCUUGAUUGCAAGGACGACAAGAUUGCUGAUGUCAUCAAACAUGACUUUUAUGUAGAUGACCUGUUAACUGGAGGGGAUGACUUAAAUACAGUCAGCCACAUCCGCCAAGAAGUCACAAAGGCACUUUCGUCAGCUUGCAUGGUACUUCGCAAAUGGAAGUCAAAUGCACCUCAAUUGUUGUCUGAUAUUUCAGAGUCAUCGCUUGAUUUGAAUAUUGGCUCUCCUGAGCCAACCAAACUAUUAGGUUUAGGGUGGCAUGCCAGUUCAGAUGAACUGAUGUUCUUAGUCGACUCAACCAUCUCUCACACUAAUAGCACUAAGCGUGAUUUGCUUUCUGUCAUUGCAAAGAUCUUUGACCCUUUAGGUUUGUUGUCACCUUUAGUGAUCACAAUGAAAAUGUUACUGCAGCGAAUGUGGCUUGAUAAAUUGUCGUGGGAUGAGCCAUUAUCUCCAGAAUUAAGUGCACCGUGGCAAGCUAUUGUGAGAAAAUUACCACUUAUUAAUGACUUUCGUUUUCCACGUAUCGUCGUCUGUGAGUCAUACACACAAUUAGAACUACACAUCUUCACAGAUGCCUCUGAACGUGCCUAUGGCGCUUGUGCCUAUGUUCGUAGUGCAAACGAUGAAGGCAAGUGUAUGGUCAGGUUACUCAUGGCCAAGAGCAGAGUGGCACCUAUCAAACCAACUACGAUUCCGAGAUUGGAGUUGUGUGGCGCUGUAGUCGGUACUCAUCUAUACGAGAAGAUAUCGAAAUCACUAAGGGUUAGGUUUAGCCGUGUGUUUUGUUGGACCGAUUCCACAAUCGUGUUGGGGUGGUUGCAGAUGUUGCCUUCAAGGCUUCAGCCCUUCGUGCGCAACCGCGUCGCUGAAGUUUUAGAGCAGGCAGGUCACUGCACUUGGCGACAUGUCCCAACCGACAAAAACCCAGCAGACCUAAUAUCUCGUGGUGUGGAUAUUAGUAAUCUGCAGAGUCUAGACCUAUGGUGGUCCGGUCCCGACUUUCUCCAUCAAGACUCAUGCUAUUGGCCAUCUUUAGUCAAACCUUUAGAGCCUGCCUCACUGCCGGAAACUCGGUCUGAUGAACUUUACACCACAUUAGUUCAAAUAGAGGCUAUAUUGAAUUCGCGCCCUCUUACACCAUUAUCAUCAGACCCAGCAGAUUGCACGCCGCUGACUCCUGGUCAUUUCCUCAUCGGUCGCCCGCUCACUUCCCUGCCUCAACCGAAUUUAGAAGAGCACUCCACUACCAACUUGACUCGCUACCAGCGGAUUGAACAACUCCGCCAGCAUUUCUGGACUAGAUGGAGUAAGGAGUUCAUCGCAGAACUGCAGCAACGCGUCAAGUGGCAUUCCAGUAAGGAUAGUUUGAAGUUGGAUACCUUGGUAGUAAUCAAGGAGGAAAAUCUUCCGCCUCUAAAGUGGAGAUUGGGCAGGAUCGUGGCCAUACAUCCGGGAACCGACGGAGUAGCUCGUGUCGCUGACGUCAAGACCUCAAAUGGUAUCAUCCGAAGGGCUUUCUCCAAGAUAUGUCCAUUGCCGGUGACUACAGAGUCUGGUUGA